GAGAGAGACAAAGUUACCCUGACAGCAGAAGAAAUUACGGAAAACACACAUUUUUAUAAUUUUUUAAAAUCAGUAAAAGUGCAAUAGUAAUUAAAAGCCCAUUAGUUAAUUACAGACUUUAUUUUUAAUUCUAUUUUUAUUUUUAUUUAUCUAAAACAUACGCAUAAACAUAAAAUACACAAAUCAAAAUACAAUAUAACUGUGUUCCCCACCACCGUACACUUAGAAAAACAAAAAAUUCAGCAUCAAGGUAUUACUAUUAUUCAAUGUCCUAUAGUUUUGCUAUUAUUUUUAUUGUUAUUGUUGUUAUUAUUAUCAUCAUCAUUAUUAAUAUUAUUAUUACUGUGAUACUGAAACUGAUGGGUUCAGAGGAAGCAAAAAGAGAGGCCCUGAGAGUUUCUUUUUAUCAUUGAUUUUUAAAGAGCUGAAAGACUAGAGUGACUUACAAACGGAAAUUUUUAACCGGCCUGUUUUGACUGUCGCCUUCUUCAGUUGCGCUGGCUAGAAGUUUGUUGAUUUCUUUAUUUUGCUUUUACCUGAGCCACUGAAGAAGGCGGGAGCAGAGACAUGUGGCUUGAAUAGGCACAUCCCUCUUGCAAGGGCAUUGAGGCGGCCAGGAGCGCCUCUGCACGAUGGAAACUUAAUGCGCCAGCAAUGAUGUCCGCCUCUGGAGAGAUUUGGUCUGGCCCCGGUCAUGCAGGCCCUUCUGGCUGGAUUACUGCAAGGCGCUCUGUGUGGGGCUGCCGAUGGGAAGGGCCAGGAGACUUCAAUGGGUCCAAAAGGGUGCAGCCAGAUGGCUAACCAGGGCUGGUCGCAGGGAUCACAUAAAUUAAAGCCAGACUUCCCUGGUGUGGAGUCUCAAAUGUCACAUUGCCCAUUGCAUCUGUUGGCUGAAAGUGGCUGAUCAGCUUCUUUAUAUUAUCUAACCCUCUUUAACCAACUCCUCUGCCUUUCUUGGCCUGGCUUCCCCUCCCAGGAAGCACCAAGCCACAAAGUCAUAUGUAACUGUUUCACAAGAACCAAAAGUGAAAGAAUCAAACUUUCCAGAAAUGAAAAGGAGGAAAGAGCUGUUAGCUAGGCAGUGAUUCAUUCUCAGUCAGGCUGGAAACCCUGAAACAAGUGCCUGCGUUCAGCUGGUAGAGAUAUACAUCAGGAUCGGACUGUAACGAUGGAUGCUGCCGGGCGCCCUUCCACGGGCCAAGUCAUCCUCCUGGCGACCAGCUCGGCAGUUACGGCCAUCCUGUACGCCAUUUACAGGCACAAGUCAAAAGUGGCUCAUAGCCUGAAGGGAGCCAAAAAGGUCACCCUUGACCAGGACUUGAAGACCUUCCUUAUGGAAGCACCAGGGAAGUGUGUUCCUUACGCCGUGAUAGAAGGUGUGGUGCGCUCGGUCAAGGAAACUCUGAGCAGCCAGUUUGUGGAGAACUGCAAAGGGGUGGUCCAGCGGCUGACCCUGCGUGAGCACAAGAUGGUGUGGAACAGAACCACCCACCUCUGGAACGACCAUGAGAAAAUCAUCCACCAGCGGACCAACACGACCCCGUUCGAUCUGGUGCCCCAGGAAGGCGAGGGCGAUCGGGCCGUCCGGGUCGUGCGCCCCCUGGAAGCUGCCGAGCUCAGCUUGGAGACGGUGUACGAAAAGUUCCACCCCUCCGUGCAGUCCUUCACAGACGUGAUCGGCCAUUACAUCAGCGGGGAGCGGCCCAAGGGCCUGCGGGAGACGGAGGAGAUGCUGAAGGUGGGGACGGUGCUCACUGGGGUCGGGGAGUUGGUCCUCGACAGCAACCACACCAUCAAGCUGCAGCCCCCCAAGGAAGGGAUGCGCUACUACCUCAGCGGCCUGGAUUUUGACUCCUUGCUUCAGAAGCAAGAGUCGAGCGUGAGGCUCUGGCGAAUCCUGACCGUCCUUUUCGGCGUGGCCACCUGCGCUGUGCUUGUCUUCCUCCUGUACAAGCAGUACCGCCGGCACCAGGAGAAGCAGCGCCUGCGGGAGAUGCAGGAGACAAUGAUGGCGGGGGGCGACGCGGCCAACCAUUGUGUCAUCUGCUUGAGCAGCCCCCGGUCUUGCGUGUUUCUGGAGUGUGGACACGUGUGCGCCUGUGACAAGUGCUACCAGGCGCUUCCCAGGCCCCCCCACUGUCCCAUGUGCAGGCAAGAAAUUGUUCGGGUGGUGCCUUUGUAUAACAGCUGAACAGUUGGAAACUGCUUUCAGACACCGUUGUCGCUGCUCAGGAGCGUUCAUGGGGGUGCUGUUGCUGUCCUGAGAGGCCCGUAGGGUGGGCUGAGUGACUCCUUUGCGCCCGGAGAUGUGGCCAAGCUUCACUCACCGAGAUCCACAAAUUUUUUUUAAUGUCGCUGUGACUUUGGAACAGGAUCCUUUGCUCUCGGUUUGGAGAGAAGGACAAAACGAAGCACCUUCUCAACGGCGAAUUCGUACCUUCACAGCCGUACGUGUCUGCAACAGACUUUUCUGGGUUUGUUUUGUUUUUCAUUUUUGUUUCGCUGUGCAAAAACUAACAGAAUCAUGGUUUUAGAUUCAGCCCUGUGUGUUCUGCCCGGAAAACGUUCAGAGAUUCCAGUUCUUGACUGAGAAACGCCAAAUGAAGUGCCCCAAAUAAAGCAAUACUCUGGUGUUGUGUA